AUGUCUAGCUUGUUUGUAGUUUCAUAUGAUGAAUUUUACGAUGAACUUUAUGAUGAACCAUAUGAUGAACCUUACAAUAAACCUUAUAAUGAAUCUUUUGAUAAACCUUAUGAUGAAUCUUGCAAUAAAACUCAGAAGCCAAUAAAGCCAACAAAUAUGAUUUGCUUGGAUGAAUCUGAAAAUGAUGAAUUACUAUUUCCAACAACUGAAACCAAUAG